UUGAAACAAACGCGGCCUUAAUCUACUUCGUUUCAUUUCUCCCAAACUCCACGUUAUUAACUCAACCUGCCAAAUGAAUGUUCGAAAAUGGGUUCAGUAUUUGGAUGGUACGGUCCUCUCAUAGAUCUCUCCAUAGCCUCUCGUCACAUUGGUGAAUUCGUUCAACUUCUCGUUUUCGUUCACCGUUGCUUCCCUGUACAGUUCAAAUCCUCCAAAACCGGAAGAGAUUUCACACGAACAGACAUUCAAGUCGGCGAUGAAACCACACCGUAUUUUGGAGUUUCUAUUUGGCAGACUCAAAUGGCGUCGUUGCUUUCAGCAGGAGAUGUUGUUUUGUUACAAAAUUUUAUGAUUACUAGAUAUGGUGAUGUGGUUGAGGCUAAAACUGUUCAGUGGUCUUCUUUGCUUUGCUUGGUUCAUCCUAUUCACUCUCUUAUUUCAAAGGAUGUUGAAGAGUUGAUAGCGGGUUGUCGUAUUGGGACAACAACGAAGGAGAAGCUAAGAAGGGUUAUAAAGUGGGUGCGUCAGUCUCGGCCCACCAUCUGCAACACCAACUUGAAGUCUACUAAACAAAUAGAGUAUCUUCCUAGAAACUGGACAGUUCUUGAAGAGAGAGAGCCUACGGACUGCUGUUCGCUUAUGGAAGUCUCGCAGCUAACAACAUCAUGCAAGACUACUGUCCUUGCAUCGAUUUGUGAAAUUGUUCCAUUAUGUAACAUCAGGACUCCUGGUGAUACAGUGAAAGAGAAGAUUUUCGUUAGUAGGAGAUUUUCCAAAUCUGAGGGUAAUAACUUGGAGGAAGAUCUCUUGUGCACUGGCUGCCAGCUAUGUGGUUCACCCUUAGAUUCAAAAUCUGAGCAAAAUACUUUUCCACUAGUUUGUUCGAAAAAUUCAACCCGUCUCCAUGCAGUAUGCUCGAUAUAUAGACCUUUCAUGUUAUAUGUGUGGGAUGAAUCAUAUUUUAUGCCGGUUCUCGUCAAGAACAGGGCAGCAGAAAUCUUGUUUGGGAACAUGAAGGCUGAAAAGGUCUAUUCGAGCUAUAGAGAACAAAUGCUUAGCCAAAAUCCAGGUCUAAAAAGUAAAUGCAAGGAUAAAGAUGGUAAUGUAAGACUUUCUAAUGACCCGAGACUUUCUCGGGAAGGACUUCCUAGUGCUAGUUCAUUAGAGGAGGGUAAGAGCUUGGAAUUGGAGGGAAAUCAUCUUUGCACUAAACCAUUCAACUUUUAUCAUGUCUGGUUAAUUUUUCUAAAAUUGUUGCUGAAGCAAGGAAAGAACAGUCCUCUGAAAUUUAAGAUCAUUGUUGAUCCUAACUUAGAUGUUGAAAAUGGAAAAUUUGAAUUGGUUUCUGCAACAUUGCCUUGUUUUGGAACCAAGUGAUUUCAUCUGUUGGGAACUUUCACAUCUCUUUUUGCAUCUUCAAAACUGCAAAUUCUAGAAUCCAGUCGAUUAGAACCAAGGUUAAAAUAUUGUUAGAUCGUUUUAGAAAUUUGUUACAAGUUAGUUUAGCUUCUGUUAGUUAGUUAGUUAGUAGUACAUUAGUUGUUGAGUUCUAUGACUUCAGUUGUAUAUAAAGCCCUUUGUAUAUUGUAUACUACCAUUUUAUUUUUUCAUUGAAUUCAAUAUAAUGAGAAUGAUUUCCUGUUAAA